AUGGAGUAUACCAAAGAUCAACUGAACUACUUCCGAAUAUGUUACAUCACCUUCAAUUUGAUUGUGGGAGCAUUAAGAAAAGUCUUCAAAGGAGAAUGGGAUUCCCGUUACAAAGCGAGGCUGGGUGAAUGGGAAGACACCGCAAAGAAUGGUCUGGACUUCUUCAACAAAGAAUCCAAAAAGCCGAGUCAUGGGCGAAAAGCUGCUUACCUGGUAACAAUAAAGAGUGGGAAAACAGAAGAAUGGGACUGUAGUUGCCUAUUUUUUGCUAUUUUGUUCUCGUCUAGCAUCGGUUCAUUAAUUAGCGCGGCCACCAGAAGUGCUAUCGAUGAUCUUCGUCAAGUCAGAAAUAAUGUUGCCCAUAUCAGUGGGGCAACUCUUACUGACACACAGUUUCAGAAUCACGUGGGGAUAGUUUUAAAUGCUUUUAAGUCCUUAAGUCUUCCAAUCUCUGACAUCGAAACGGUUAAAAAUCAGAAAAGUUUUCCUACAGCAGAAGUCAACGGCUUGAAGGCACAGGCAGCAAAUCUCCAGGCAGAAUUACAAACAGCGAAGUCCGAUGUCCAAGACGUUAAAGACGCAAUCAAAGCGAAAGAGGAAGAAAAUCUGACGCUUACCUCUGAGUUAAAAGAAGCGAAAGAAGAAAUGAAAUGUCUAACAGAAGAAAUCAAUCGCAAAGUCGAGUCUUUCUGUCUUUUUACAUCUAGCCCACCACACCAAAUCAUCCUGCGGAGGAAGGACGUCACAAAAAUCAUGGGAAAAUUGAAAGUACUUGAAGAAAGAUCUAACAGAGCAGUUAGUACCGUUUAUCUAUCGGGAAUACCAGGAUGCGGAAAAAGUCAAAUUGCAAGACAGAUCGGAGAACAGUUCUUCACAACUAAAUCCGGCGAAAGUAAAGGUUUGACAUUUGUUGCAACCCUUAAUGCUAAAAGUCUCAAGACUCUUACUGAUUCGUACUUCUCUUUGGCUAAAAAAUUGGGAAUUACGGAGUAUACUGUAAGUAAGCUGGCUAUUACGGUACAGCUGGAGAGCGCAGGUGAAACAAUUCGACAUCUACAGCGUUUGAUCAGACCGAUUAUUAAUCUUUUCUCCAACUGGUUGAUGAUUGCUGAUAACGUAGAGGACUUGCCCUUAGUCCGUAGCUUUCUUCCUCAGACUGGUUGUAAAGACUGGGGUCUCGGUCAGGUUCUGAUUACAACUCAAGAUGCCAGUGCCAUCCCAACAAGUGCCCCCCAUACCUACCACGAGUCACUGAGCGCAGGUAUGCUGCUGGAUGAUGCAAUACAGCUCCUAAAAGUAGUAUCGCAAAUCGUUUUCAGUCAUGAACAAGCUGAAGAGGUUGUUGAGGUUCUGGAGUUUCAGCCACUCGCUUUAGCAGCUGCUGCAUUUUACGUCAAUACUGUUGUGAAACAUGGCUCCCCAAACUUCGUAUGGAAGAAUUAUCUGGAAGUCUGUUCUCGUGGUGAACGUGAAAGUACAGAAAAACUUCUUGCCACGGAAAGCGAAGCGUACCCCAAGACAAUGACCGCCUCUAUAAAAAUGGCACUAAAAACGUUUUCGGACAGAGAAGACGUUCUACGGCAGACAUUCCUUCUCUUUUCGCUAAUUGCUUCAGACCCUCUUCCCAUACAAGUCGCUGUUGACUUUGUCAGGGCUCAAACCUCAGGCAACACAGACGAGCUAAUCAGAGCGAAGAUUCUAAAAUCCUCCUUGAUUACUUGUUUGUACAAUGAAAGCGGGACUCCUGAAUAUUUAAAGGUACUCAACACGGUAUUUCAAAUCCUCAAGGAAACUUCGACAUCUUCUUUUUCGGAAAGAGAAAGAGUUCCCAGCAUAUGUCAUGCUAUCAGUGGUCUCCAUUCUUUAACUGAAUCAGAGCGAGGUAAUUCGUUCCAGAGUCCAGAAGUCUGUGUCAAACUCCGAAAAGUUACAGCCCACAGUAAAUGCUUACAUAACAUUCUUACCGCUACGUUUCCAUCUAAAUCGACUUUAAUGAAACGACUAACAUCCUUCAUUACUCUGAACACGAUUGUUUUGUGGCUUUCGGGAACAGCUGCUGUUUGUUGUGACCUGAGCAAUCCUUCAGACGCAAAUCUGUUUUCUACAUCAGCUCGUGAACUAGCUGUAUACAGUGACAGCUUGGUGAGGGCAAACGCACUCACGGUACACGGCAGGGUGUUAAUGAUGUUAUGUCACCAUAAUAUUUCCAUUCGAGUCUUUGAAAGAGCUAUCGAGAUUUACAAAAAAAGUGAUGGAGCAGAAAACCCAAAGCUAAUAAAGGUGUAUAAUGACUUAGGAAAUAUUUAUCGAAUAACCGGAAACUACCAUGCUGCUAAAGAAUGUUUUGAGAAGGCAAUCGAAAUUAUAGAAAAGAGCCAUUUCGAGGUAACUGCUGAGGUAGCAGACGUAUAUCAGAAGAUGGCCUAUCUUUUGCAUGACUUGGGAAAGAAUACUAUAGCAAAGGAUUAUUUCGAGAAUGCCCUCAAUAUCAGCAAAAGUAUUUACGGGGAGACAGAUGCUCAUGUAGCAAAAUGUUAUAACAGCCUAGCAGUUGUUUACGUUGAACUCGGAAAGUACAUUGAGUCUAAAGAAUGCCUUGAAAAAGCACUGGCCAUCCAGAAAGAAAUUUACGGCGAGGAACAUGGUGAUGUAGCGACUAGUUACAGCCACAUGGGGAUUCUUCACAGAAAACUCGAAAACUUCACCGAAGCUAAAGAUUACUUCGAGAAAGCGCGGAUGAUCAUAAAGAAGAUUUACUACCCAGAACAUGCAGAUCUGGCGGUUAUUUUUGACAACUUUGGAACUCUUGACAGUGACCUCGGAAAUUACAAUGAAGCAAAAGAAUCCCAUAAGAAAGCAUUAGUCAUCAGAAGAAAGAUUUACCACGACGAACAUGCUGAUGUAGCAACAAGUUACAACAACUUAGGAACUGUUUACAGUAAACUUAAAAAGAACAAUAAGGCAAAAGAAUGCUACGAGAAAGCACUCAUCAUCAGGAAAAAGAUUUACGACGAAGAACAUUCCCAUAUAGCAUCAAGUUAUAACAACUUGGGAAUUGUUUACAGUAACCUCGGAAAGUUCAACGAGGCAAAGAAAUAUUACCAGAAAGCACUUGUCAUCAUGAAAAAAGUUUACGACGAAGAACAUGCUGAUGUAGCAUCAAAUUAUAGCAAUCUUGGCACCGUCUAUGCUGAAGUCGGAAGUUACAAGGAGGCAAAAGAAUACCACGAAAAAGCCCUGACCAUCAGAAAAAAGAUUCAAAAUGAGGAACAUUCCCAUGUUGCGGCAAGUUACAAUAAUUUAGGAAUUGUUAACAGCCAUUGCGGAAAGCACAUCGAAGCGCUGGAAUACUUUGCGAAGGCUCUGGCCAUCAGGAAAAAGAUUUUCGGUGAGGAACAUACUGAUGUAGCAGAAAGUUACCACAACUUGGGGGUUGUUUACAGUCACCUCGCAAAGUACAAUGAAGCAAAAGAACAUUACGAAAAAGCACUAUUCAUCUGGAGAAAGAUUUACGGCGAGGAACAUGGUGAUGUAGCGGCAAGUUAUAACAGCCUGGGAGUUGUUUACGGUAACCUCGGAAAGUACAGUGAGGCAAAAGAAUACCUCAACAAAGCACUGACCAUCAGGAAAAAGAUUUACAAGGAGGAACAUGCUGAUGUAGCGGCAAGUUAUAACAACCUGGGAGUUGUUUACGGUAACCUCGGAGAGGACAGUAAGGCAAAGAAAUUGUACGAGAAAGCACUGUCCAUCUUGAAAAAGAUUUACUAUGUGGGACAUGAGCUCGUAGCGACAAUUUACCGUAACUUAGUAAUUGUUUGCAGUCAACGCGGAGAGCACUCUGAAGCAAAAAAUUAUUUCAAGAAAGUACUGGUUAUUGUGAAUUCUUCCGAUGAGGUACAUUCUGCUGAAGCGACGAGUUCUAUCAACCCUGGAAAUAUUGACAAUCGCCUUCGACGUGUAAUGAAUGCAAAGAACUCAAAGAGAAAGCACUGA